AUGAAAACAGCAACAGCGAUGCGCACGACGGCGUGCGCGGCGUGCUGCGGCCUCGCGGGCGUCGGAGCUUUCCUGUCGGCCCCCUCCACGAGCAUCGUCUCCUCGCGAAACAACAACCCACACACGUGGGGAAACUCCGCAUUAUCUUCCCCGCUGAGCUUAGUCGGGGGAGGCUCGGCAAACGCGCGCGCGUCGGUGUGUCCAUCACCGGACGGCGACGGGGAGGGGGAAAGUCGACGGGAUGCUGCUGUCAAGGGCGGGGUUCGACGGCAUGGCGGGGGCGGGGGCGGCGGCGGCGGCAGGCGUCACCGCGCGGCCACCCUGGGGAACUUGGACUUGAAGCCGGCGUACCGAUUGUUCGACACCGUGCCGCCGCCGCCGUCCACGGACGCGACGGCGCGGAAGAGCGACGACAUCGACCUCGACGUCGAUGGUGACGCCCCCUACGAUGUCGACCCGUUCAAGCUGGCGAGCAAAGACCUGUCGCCGUUCACCGACACCAUCAAGGAGCUGGUCGAGUCGGAGCACCCGGUACUGUCCAUGGCCGCGAAGCACUUCUUCGAGAAGCGCCACGGGAAACGCUUCCGCCCGACCAUCGUCGCGCUCAUGGCGCUGGCGACGUGCGACAAGCCAAUGGAGGCGCACCGGGAGAGCGAAGAGUACACACGGCAGGGGCAGUUGGGACAGAUCACGGAGAUGAUCCACGUUGCGUCGUUGAUCCACGACGACGUUCUCGACGAGGCGGAGGUCAGGAGGGGCGGGAUGGCCGUGCACAAGCUGUACAGCAACAAGGUGGCGGUGUUGGCCGGGGACUACCUCCUGGCUCGGGCGUCGGUGUUGCUGGCGAGGCUUGGGGACGUCCAGGUGGUGGAGAUCAUGGCCACGGCGCUGGACAGCCUGGUUCAGGGGGAGAUCAUGCAGCUGAAGAUGGACCCCGAGAAGCUGCUGGACAUCUCCCUUUACCUUCGGAAGAGCUACUACAAGACGGCGAGCCUCAUCACCAACGCGUGCAAGUCGUGCGCGAUCCUGGGGGGACACGAGUUCGACAGUGACGUUGCCACUGCGGCGGAGGAGUACGGGUACCACAUGGGGCUUGCGUUCCAGAUCGUGGACGACAUCCUCGACAUCGUGGGGGCGGCAGAUGUCCUGGGAAAGCCGGCUAUGGCGGACAUGUCGCUGGGGCUCGCGACUGCGCCCAUCCUCUACGCCGCGGAGAACGCGCCGGAGAUCAAGAAGAUCGUCAAGCGCAGAUUUAAGAAAGAGGGGGACAAGGAGAAGGCCUUGAAGGCUGUUCUCGAUGGGGACGCAGUUGCAAGGUCGAGAGAGCUAGCGCGGUGGCAUGCACAGAGAGCCGUAGACGCUGUGUUGAGGCUGCCGCCCUCGGAGGCACGCAACGGACUCGUCAACAUCUGCCACAUCGUCCUCACUAGGAACAAGUAAUAAGGGGUUAGAAAAAAGGGUGGGGUGGGGUGCAGACGGAGCAGGUCACGGCUCGUCUUCGCAAACCUCGACGGGUGUUGUUUGGAACCAGUUUCUGCUUCUGGAAAAUAAUUAAUCUUGGACUCGUCUGUUUCAGUUUCCCCUUCUUAAUUUUGGUUGCCCGUGAGGUGGUCGGACGACGCGGCGGGCGUGCAGUUUAGAGUGCGGCGACGGGGCGGGCGGGCGGGCGGCGGGGGGGGGGUGGGGGGUCGUGUCUCUGGGGGGGGGGGCGGUCGUGCCUCUCCGGCUGCAAGCGGUCUUAAGUGCUUCGAAUACUUAUGCUGCUUCGACUUUUUUGCUGUAGGCGUGUUGGUUGUGACGGCGAAAUUGCGACAGAAACGCCAACAGGAAUAGCUUCCGUUCUGCUGUAAGACGUAAAACGAACGGCGUGGCACGGGUUGGAAUAUUCAGCAACCAUUGCAGGGCGUGGCGGGCCAGAAAGGGAAAAAUAUCGGGGUCCCCUGCAGGUCGUCCCACCCGAUGGGCGUCGACCGCAAGUUAUCACAACGGGUUGAAGGGUUACGUGUGUUAGAGACUGAAGAAUAGCAUUCUGCGAACGGCCUUACUCCCUCCUCUUCCCCUUCCUCGUGCAUGAUUGGUCUAUGAUUCGUCUAAUGACACGCUUCGUUUGAGGUUCAUUUUUGUGAGAGGGCCGUGCGUGUGCUGUCAAGCGGACAGAAAGGAAAGCUCGCAGACCUCGCUGCUCUAAAGGGUCCCUCCUCCCCAACAGAAACUGCCGAUUGAGGCGGGGGAGAGGGGGAUUGUGUCGCUGCAAGGAAUCAAAGCCCUCUUGCUGGUGGCGGCAGGGAUUGGCGUUGUAAGAGGUCGCCGCAACAUGCAGAAUCACUGGAGUAGAAUCAUGGCUGCUCGCUUCAUGUAGUCGUGGCGGAGAAAUCAAGAGAGCGGCUGUAGCACGGGUUUGGUUCUAAGGGAGGAUGGGGAAUGUUCGGGGUAAAUCGCUCCAUGGUGGAAGGGCGAGUUACGCAGCGUUGCUGCUCCGCUUGUACAGGUGUUUUGGGGGUUUAAAAAAAGCUUUUUUUGUUUGUCUUUGGUUUCUCGGCGGUCGUGUUGGGAGUGGGAGGGAGGGUGUAAACAUUCUGAGUAGUUUCGAUCUGUCGAGUUGUUCGACAAGUUCUGCCUGCGCCGAAUGCCACUGUCACCCGGUUGAUGA